UCGUGAAGACUUUUCAAAAAAUCACCUGGCAUCCCUGGUGUUUCGGCUCCUUUUUUUGGCGUUUUCCGUUUUGGUACUUUUUCCUUCGGCUUCAUCCUUCAUCACACGGUUUGAAGCAUUGUGCAAGAACCAAGAAGUGAGGUGUUUCAUGUUUGCAAUACUUAACCUAGGAGUCUCAUCACAAAACUUUGUGUUAAAAUAAGUAACAAUUGUUACUUACUUUUGGCUAUUGUGCUUUAAGUGAUUGCAAAGUUUUGUUGCACGUCUAAAUUGUGCUUUGAUAUAAAAAGAGCAUUUUCAAAAAGAGCCAGUUUAUUUUUUAUAUUAGUGCGGCAAGAUUAAUCUAGAUAUGGCUGACGUAAAUAUGGAACCAGUUGAAAAUAGUAAACCUACAUCAACAUUUUCCUCGUCGUCGUCUACAAUUGCAUCUAGUCCAAAUGGAAAUACUGAAGGAGGCGAAGGAACCGGUGACUUGGCUACAAAUGCAGAGGAUAUGACUUCUCGGGACUAUUAUUUCGACUCAUAUGCACAUUUUGGUAUCCACGAAGAAAUGCUCAAAGAUGAAGUUAGAACACUAACUUACCGCAACGCUAUGUACCAUAACAAGCACUUGUUUAAGGGUAAAACAGUCCUAGACAUUGGAUGUGGUACAGGAAUAUUGUCCAUGUUUGCUGCCAAAGCCGGUGCAGCGAAAGUUAUUGCGGUAGAAUGCUCGAACAUCAUUGAUUAUGCGCAAAAAAUUGUUGAAGCUAAUCAUUUAAGUGAGGUCAUCACCUUAGUAAAAGGCAAGGUAGAAGAAAUUGAGCUACCUGACGGUAUUAAGCAAGUCGAUAUUAUUAUCUCGGAAUGGAUGGGCUAUUGCCUUUUUUACGAGUCUAUGUUGGAUACCGUUAUUUACGCCCGAGAUAAGUGGCUCAAACCAAAUACUGGUAUGAUGUUCCCUGACCGAUGCACGCUAUUUGUGUCAGCUAUUGAAGAUCGCCAAUAUAAGGAUGAGAAAAUUAAUUGGUGGGACAAUGUUUAUGGUUUUAACAUGAGCUCAAUACGUAAAGUUGCCAUCAGUGAGCCUCUUGUAGAUGUUGUAGAUCCGAAACAAAUCGUUACCAGUGCGUAUCUCGUCAAAGAAAUUGAUUUAUAUACUGUUCGAAAGGAGGACCUCGAUUUCGAGUCUCCAUUCCAUUUGAUAGUAAAACGAAAUGAUUUUAUUCAAGCUUUAAUUACAUACUUCAACGUCGAAUUUACAAAAUGCCACCAGCGAUUGGGAUUUAGCACUUCUCCAGAAUCACCUUACACACACUGGAAGCAAACUGUUUUUUAUUUUGACGAAUAUCUAACUGUGAAAAAGGGCGAAGAAAUUUACGGAAUGUUUACUAUGAAGCCGAAUGCUAGGAAUAACCGAGAUUUAGACUUCAUGAUUGAUUUACACUUUAAAGGAGAACUUUCGCAAGUUAACGAAAAAAAUCAUUACCGAAUGCGUUGAUUAGUGUCGCAUUUAUAAAAAAGCCAACCUAUAAAACAUAUUUUACUAAAUAUCAUUAAAUGACCCCACCCAAAAAAAACUACUGAACAAACCUUCUGAAGGAAGCACCAUUUUAAUAGUUCACAUUUUAAUCGAUUACCUUGACCAUAUAUCGCAAUAUAUUAAACAACAAAAAAAAUCUCUGAAUUGGAAUAACGAAAAAUACAACUGUUCAACUAGACCGAAACUCGAACUAGCUUAUAUUUUGAUUGGUAGAAUAUAAUUUGUAACGAAUAAUAAACUCUACAAUUGUAAUGAUAUAAAUUUCUUUUGACAUUAUUCAUUUAUAUGCUUCCAUCGUGACCAUUUCUGACCACAAGUAUGAACAUUACGAAUAGAAUUAAACUAUCCAUCACAGUGCUAGUUGGCUUGACAAUUAAGAAAAAAACUGGGAGAAAAUAUAACGACAGUAUAAAGUAAAUAUUAGGCGUGGAAUCAACAGAAAUUUUUUUUUUUUCAAUACAUAUAUGUGACGAAAAUGGAAAAGUGUGAUUAAAUGUCCGCCCAUAUGAGUUGAAGCUAUCACUUAAUACAAAUUGAAAAAAAAAAAACAAUACUUGAAGAUAUACCGAAAACGCACUGUGCAACAUCAAAAUAGAAAGAAAGAAAUUAUAGUCGUGUUAGGAAAUGCAAGACAAUACACAG